UCAACUGACAGCAUGUGCACAAUCGUUUGUUGUGUACGCAAUUGCAAAUAGGUAAAAUUGAAUGAAAAUGUACAAAAGAAAAGAAAACCUGUUAUCUUAAUGGCUAGGACAUUUAAGUAGUAUUAUUCAAACUAAAAAAAUAUAAUCAAAAACCCGUGAAGCUCUUUAAAUAUUUUGAGCGCUUUGAAUGUCUUGUGUAUACGCUGUCAGUUUGUUGCCGAGUUGUAAACAAACUCCACGUCUCAACAGCAACGCAAGUUCUAUGUAGUUUUUAAAUCGAAAUGUACAUUGAUAAGGCCAAACGAUGAUUAAAAAGUUGAUUCCAUUAGUUUGCCUUUUUGGCUAUUCAUCAAUUUCAUUCGUGGUGUUUAACAAAGUGUACGAAACGACGCAGCUCGUUAUCGAUGAGGAGUUUCAUUUACGGCAAGGAAAUCAUUACUGCCACGGCCGGUUUCAAGUUUGGGAUCCAAAGAUCACAACAUUUCCUGGUCUAUAUCUGGCGUCCGCAUUGGUACUGAGGCCCCUCGAAGCCUGUUCGGUAUAUAACCUGAGACUAACAUCCUUUAUCGCGGCAAUUAUCAACGUGGUGCUGAUUUAUAAACUGCGACAAAGCUUCCUAAACCAGAAAGGUUACACCACACUACUGCUAGAGACGGCUUCCCUUUCGUUGCUUCCGCCGCUGUAUUUCUUUUCCCAUCUUUACUACACGGAUGUGCUUUCUGUGACGGCCGUACUACUGUUGCUGCUGGCCAGCGAAAGACGUCGGCACAAUUGGGCCGCAUUCUGGGGCUUCUGUGCGGUGCUGAUGCGUCAAACAAACAUCGUAUGGGUUGGAUUUGCGUGUGGCUCACGAGCUAUUGAUUUGCUAGUAGCUCGUGGAAGCUUAAAACAGACAUUACUUUCUCCCAAACGAUGGAUCGAACUUGCUAGUGACAUGAUGGAUCGUUUCUGGGCGUACGCUCUCGUGCUGGGUGGCUUUAUUGCGUUUCUCAUUUGGAAUGGUUCAAUAGUGAUAGGCGAUAAAUCGGCACACGAAGCUGCCGUACAUCUUCCCCAGUUGUUUUAUUUUGUUUUGUUCUUCGCAACAUUCAGCGCUUCUUUAGUACUGCCAGCAGGUAAAACAAUCCUUCGAGCAGUAUUGCGUAAAUGGUAUAUCCUUCUGAUGGUGUUCGUCAUCUUCGGCGGUAUCGUACAUUAUAAUACGAUCGUACAUCCGUACUUAUUGGCCGAUAAUAGACAUUACACAUUCUAUCUAUGGAACCGCUUUUUUGGACGCUGGUGGUACGCAAAGUACUUGCCAGUGCCGGUCUAUACGAUCGGUGGAUUGCUGCUGUGGAGGGCAAGCAUGCAGCAUCAAUCGUACGGGUACCAAUUGCUCUGCACGCUGGCCAUACUAGCAUCAAUAGCGCUACAACAGCUGAUUGAAGUAAGGUACUUUAUUUUACCGUUUCUUGUGUUGCGGUUGCUGCGAAAAGGAGGAACUUCUAGAGGCGCCCUAUUGGUAGAAUUGAUUGCAAACGUUGCUAUCAAUGUAGUAACAUUUGCGCUCUUCUUUCGAAAGGAAAUAAUGUGGGAAAACUAUUUUCAUCCACAGCGUAUAAUGUGGUAAAUCUUUUCGAUGAUCGUUAUGAAGGCUGUGUAUUUAGCACUUAGCCAUAAAAGUCUGAAGUCUGUAAAUCUAAGCAUAAAAUUACAAAUAAAACAUAGACUUUCAAAGUCAGAUGCAACAGGGUGUAACUAUAAACUUCAGCUAUCGUUUGGAUGCAGAAAAUAACAUUUAAAUACGUGGAGAUAAUACCACUAAUAGGGACAAUUUACUAUGCAGAAUUAGUUUUACCUUCAGUUGGUGUCUAGAUUCACAGCAACUCUUGCGUUGUAGUUCCCUCAUAAAGGACUCUCCCGAAAUAUAAUGACAAACCUUCCCAUGAAGCCAUAUGAUAAGCGCGAGUAUGUAUCUUCAUUUGCUGCAAGACUGUUGAUGAAAUUCGAAAUGAUAAAUGAUUUAAAUGAAAGUUUGUUCUUUUUCAUUAAAACAUUUGAAUAGCAGCACUAUUCACGUACGUAAUCCACGGAGUAUGUGGACUAAAGAUGAUCAAUAAAAAGAAACUAAGCGCAGAACAAUUUAUUCCCUAUUUAUUCGGAAUAGCAAGCAGAACGUGCGUCUGUUUAAGGGCGAGUUCGGUAGUUAUAAUUGUAACUUUUGGUUUUGCAAGCGUUCAAUUUCCUUCCAGCAUAAUCCAAUCCAAUAGAAUCUAGCUCUCUGGAAUGCGUUGUAGUCAUUAGAGAGAGAGAGA